AUGUUGAGUUUAUUAUACCUUAUUUCCAUUUUUGCGACAGCUGUGUUUGCAUUUGACCCAACCAGCAACGCCAAUGUUGCUGUUUAUUGGGGUCAGAAUUCCGGUGGUAAUCAACAACGAUUAUCCUACUAUUGUGAUUCCGAUGCUGUUGAUAUUGUCAUUUUAUCAUUUAUGCACGUUUUUCCCAACCCAGUUCAAUUGAAUUUCGCCAACGCUUGUGAAGGUACAUUCACUUCCGAUGGGAUAUUGAAAUGUGAUAAUAUUGCUGCUGAUAUUCAGUCUUGUCAAGCCAAAGGCAAGAUUGUUUUGCUUUCGUUGGGUGGAGCUUCAGGCUCAUAUGGUUUCACGUCAGAUGAUCAAGCUAAAAAAUUUGCUCAUACGGCAUGGGAUUUAUUUGGUAACUCAGAUACCUUGUCUGCUUCCGAAAGGCCAUUUGGUAGUGCAAUUCUUGAUGGAUUUGAUUUUGAUAUUGAAAACCAUAUUAAUACUGGUUAUGCUGCCAUGGCUAAUGAAUUGAGACUGAUUUUUGCGACAGAUUCCUCUAAACAGUAUUAUCUUGGUGCUGCUCCGCAAUGUCCCUACCCUGAUGCUUCUGUUGGUAACUUGUUGCAGGAAAGUGUGAUUGAUUUUGUGUUUAUCCAAUUUUACAACAAUUAUUGUAAUUUGGGAACAAGUUGGUUUAAUUGGGACACAUGGUUGGACUAUGCUGAAAAUACUAGUCCUAAUGCCAAUGUCAAGUUGUUUGUGGGUGUCCCAGGAUCAAUCAGAGCUGCUGGGUCCGGCUAUAAUCCACCAGAGUUGAUUGAAGAUUAUUUGACUAGUGAUAUAUUGUCGAGUCCACAUUUUGGAGGUAUUUCAAUGUGGGAUGUUUCAGCAGCUUGGGAUAAUACUGAUUCCAAUGGUAAUUUCGUGGAGAAUAUGAAACGCUUGGUUGGAAGUGACUUUCAAGCUGCUGCAGUUUCAUCUUCAUCAUCAUCUUCUUCAUCAGAUAGUACAACGACAACCACAACAACCACGCUUACCACUACUUCAACAACAUAUACAAGCGAUACAACAACGACAAGCACAUCGAGCACACCAAGCACUUCUAGCACAUCCAGUUCCUCCACUUUAACCAGUUCUUCAAGCUCCACCAGCUCCACCUCACAACUCAUUUCAUCCAUCCAUAACGCCGAUCUCACAACUACCGGUUCCACAACUUCAACUUCUUCUGACACCAAUACUCAACAAGAGUCAACUUUAGAAGUUUCAACCGCUACGCAACAAAGCACAACGCGUCAACAAUCAUCAUCAUCAUCAACAUCCUCGGUUCCAAACACAUCCACAUCCACACCAACAAAUGUGUUUACUUCGUUUGUUUUUGCCCCAACUACAAUGACUACUGUUGCCACUCUUUAUAAUGUCAUUACCACGAGAACUAACCUUCAAACGAUAUACGGUCCGCCACCAACUACAGCAAUAUAG